AUGUCUUCCCCUCACACCGGAUCUACCUGGCCCGCGCCCGUGCGGCGCAUCGUCACCUCUCACCUUCCCUCCUCUACCCCCGGCUCCUCCGUGAACCAAACAACCGACCUUGUCCCCCUCCGUCCCGUCCUCUCCGGCGCCGCCGUCGUCCCCCUGCACUCCUCCCUCGGCUGCCCAACCACCUCCACCCCCUACCUCUCCUCCGAAGACAUCACGGCGGCCAUGGACCGCGUUCCCGGCGUCCUCAUGCCCAACGGUGUCAACUGUCAAAUGACCGACCUGAAGCCCGGCUUCCAGGUGCCCAUGCACCGGACCAACUCGGUGGAUUACAAUAUCGUCACCGGCGGGAGUGUCUGGCAUAUCACGCCGACGGGGAAGAAGGGGGCGGAUGGGACAGAUGAGGAGGAGCGGGUGUUGGUACGAGUGGGAGAGGUGGUGGUUCAGAGGGGGACGUUGCAUGCUUGGGAAGCAGGACCGGAGGGGGCGAGAUGGGUCUGCGUGGUGAUUGCGGCGCUGCCGGUGGAGAUCGAUGGGAAGUCGCUGGAGGAGGUAGCUUUUGCUUGA